ACGCCUGCGCAACUCGCCCAUGACCUGGACAGGACAUACAGUGAUCAAGAUGGCCGGCCUAUUAAUAUGGAGAAGUGUAGCUCUUAUUAUCAUUGUUUUCAUAUGUAAAUCUAGCAGUUUUGGAUCUACUCCGCUGUUUCUUUGGUCAAAUGAUAGAGAGUUAACUUCAAGUGAUGAUACAGUUCUUGGGCAUGACUUUUCUGUCACUGAGGCAAAGAUUCAUUUGAAGAGUUUCCUUGAAUCACCUAGAGCAGUAGUAUUAUUUGUUCAAGACAAGCUCAGUUUUGAUGAUGUCACAAAAUAUGGCAGAAAAUCAUUUGAAUCAAAGUCAACUGUAUUUCAAAAUCUGCAGAAAUUUUUUGACAAAAAUGGAAAGGCGGUAAUACCUUCUGUAGUGAAAAAGGAAGGUGAAAUGACGUUAACAGCAUUGCUAAGAAAGCAACAUGCUGGCCAGGUGAAAGAGAUAUACAGUUCAGACAUUGAUUUGUGGAACUAUGAUAAGAGUGCUGUAGUUGGGAAGAAGCUUUUUAUUUUUCACCUCCCACCAGUGGAGGGAAGCACUGAAAAAGGAAAAAUGUCAAUCUUGUCAAAAAAUGAUGACAUCAUGGGAAAGAUAAUAUCACAAUUUGAUAAGCAUGAUAUGUACACCGCUUUACUUACUGCUGCUGAACCCUCUGAUAUUUUUGAGCGAAUCCACAAGGAUGCAUCGGAUGGGACAGGAUUAAAACGGCAUCUUCUCAGCGUACAGUCAUCUGCUGGACAGUUAUUCAAUCUGUCAACUUGUUUUUUUCUGUAUGCAAACAGCAUUAAGCUAACUUAUGGGGGACAUUCAGCAGAAAUGAUAAACGCUACAGCAACUCAAAGUGGGAAAUGCUCUAACAACCAGUCGACUUUUUCACUUGUGUUCAACAAAAAUCUUCCAAAAAACAUCACACAGUUCGAGUUAAGGAUGUCAUUUGCAAAGCUAUCCAACACUGACUGGGCCUGUUCGGCAAUGGACGUCACAUACAGUGGUACACUUGGUAAAGGAACCGAGGAAACAGGUGUCAAAUUCGAUUAUCCCGGUUGCCCUACCACAGUUACUGCCCCAAAAUCUGCGGCAUACACCUGUGGCAGUCUUCAGCUCAAAAGCAUCAAUGACACAUCUACUGUCACUUUUGGACGUUUCCAGGUUCAGCCAUUUGGAACAAAGGGUCAGCCGUUCGCCAAUGCCUACGACUGUGUGGAUUUCUUUACCAUUCCGAUUCUUACAGGCUUAUUCGUCACAGCCCUUCUUAUUAGCAUCGUCUUCGGUGGAAUAUUUGCCAUGAUGGGAAUAUCAACAAUGGAUCGUUUUGAUGACCCGAAGGGGCCAACUAUUCAAGUUCCGCAUGAAUGAAUCACUAACACCUAAGAAAUUGAUUUUGGUAGAUUCCCUUUUAUACUUAAAUUGCCGUCUUACAAUUAUUGUUGAAUAUUUAUUUACUUUCGUCUAAUUUUGGUAAGGCUGGUCUUGAAUUUGUUUUCUGAAUAGCGACUGAAUGUGGAAGUGGACAGUCUUCCGUCUCCCAUCUAGCAAAUCUAUGCAACUGGAAUAUACGGUCACGCUCUGGGAGGCUCCAAUGUACCAGUGAUAUUUUCUGCUUAUCCUAUACGAUUUCCAGCACGAAAAUUUCCAGUUCUUUAAGGUAGAAAAGCCCUGCUUCCAAAUCAUUGAUUGGAUGGAAUAAAAAGGAGCAUCUAAUUUUCAAGAUCCUUUUUAUUAUGUAGCCUGCCCAUUGUUUGUAGAAGGGCAGCAUCUGAAGUUGAUUUUUUGAUGUUUCUUUGAAUGUAUUUGAUUACGUAUAAUGGUAUCGUUAGUCGUCA